GCAUUACUUCCUGAAUACUGCAGAAGUUGAAGAAGAUGGGCCAUGGAACCCUUCUCUUUUGCCAGCUCAGAAGCUGUAGCUAUUCCAGUCAAUAUCAGAAUUGUUAGCCUUGAAGGGGAACAAACGCCCAUACCAUUCUCUACCUUAAUCAAGAGAUCAGAUCUGCGACAUAUUGGAUCCAAUCUGAGCCCACAUUCCGACCUCUAUGUUACAGUCCAGCUCUGGGCAGAUUCGAAGCCUCUCACUGUACCUGUUCAGACCGCCUACAAACCAUUUCGCAAUGAGAGAAAAUGGAACGAGUGGCUUACAUUGCCAAUAAACUAUUCGACUCUUCCUCUAAGCUCACAGCUUGCGAUAACAAUAUGGGAUUUGUCGCCGACUGGAGGUGAAGGAGCGCAAGGACAUGCAAUUCCGUUUGGUGGGACUACACUUCCAUUAUUUGACAAGGAGAACCAGCUGCAGAAAGGUCGCCAGAAAUGUCAUCUCCACCGUCGAAAAGCUGCGGAUGGCUUGGACAACUCUACUACUCCCUCUAUCCUGCCGCAGGGCCGUCGAAAUGGCGCCAAAGGAAAGGGGGCUGUUGAGCCGGUAGAUAAAGAGGCCGAGGAGCUCGAUCGACUGGAGAAGCUGUUUAAGAAGCAUGAGAUGGGAGAAAUACCCAGGAUUGAAUGGCUGGACCAACUCGUCUUUCGAGGGGUGGAAAAGCGAGGCCUACAAGCAUCCAACACUUCACUUAAAGCUCUACAGAGGAGACGAUUCCGGAAAGCGGAUGAAGUAAUGACUCUGGAUGGGGCAAAAGAAACGCAGGCCAACGGAGAGACGAAAGACAAGGACCUCGAGGACGCCAUAGAGGACGAGAGGUUCACCCUGUAUGUUGAGCUUCCUCGAUUCGACUUUCCUAUUGUCUUUGCGGACCACGAGUAUCCUCCACCACCAAUUUCGUCGCUACAGCAUCUUUCAGCGUCUCAAUCCAAUAUCAUCUUGAAACCACCCCCAGAAGUUCACUACGGACCUGGGAUAAAUGGGCCAGGUGAUCGAGACGAUCAUGGUUUUGGUGGACGUCUUGCCAGAGUGUAUGACCCUGAAGUAGGGGCCAGGGAUAAUCCUGCCGAAAGUAAGCAUAGACGCUUAGUGAGAAGUCACAGGACUGGAGUGUUAGACCGGGAUCUCAAACCGAAUGCGAAAGUGCGAGACGAACUGAAUGGUAUCAUGGCAUACUCACCUACUCAUACACUUUCUCCGGAAGAGAAGGAUCUUGUAUGGAAGUUCCGGCACCAUCUCACCAGAGACAAAAGAGCUCUGACAAAGUUUGUCAAGUCGGUGAAUUGGCAAGAUCAGAGUGAGUCUAGACAAGCUGUACAAAUCUUGGCAAAGUGGACUGAAGUCGACGUCGAUGAUGCCUUAGAGCUUCUUGGCCCUACCUUUGACAACGCAGCGGUCAGAGCAUAUGCUGUUGAUCGACUUCGGAAAGCGAACGACGAGGAAUUAUUACUGUAUCUCCUACAGCUAGUCCAGGCUCUCAAGUUUGAGCAGAUCUCACCGGACUCUACUCAGGAUGCAACACAAGAUUCCUCGCUCGCAAGGUUCCUCAUUUCGCGAGCAACAAACGACUUCAUGUUGGGAAACUACUUUCACUGGUACCUCAUGGUUGAGUGCGACGAUAAAAGUGCCGAUCAAGGCGUGGAGACUCGAAAGUUGUUUGCGAAAGUUGAGUACGACUUUAUGACGGAGCUUGUAAAGUUGCCUGGUGGCACUGAAACCAGAAAGACGCUGUUGAGACAAGCCGAACUCAUUGCAGUCCUCUCGAAAAUAUCGAUGGAUAUCAAGGCAUCAAGGGAAACCAUACCAAAGAAGACAGAACGAGUCAAGCAAUUCUUAGCAGAUCCUAAGAACGAGAUUAUCACAAUCGAUCCACCUCUGCCUCUACCACUGGAUCCAUCAGUCAUGAUUGUUGGCGUUGAUCCGACCAUCACCUCAGUCUUCAAGUCGUCCUUAUGUCCGAUUAUGCUUACUUUCAAGACGUUAACACGACAUAAGUAUCAGAUCUUGUUCAAGACUGGUGACGAUUUGAGGCAAGAUCAGUUGAUUAUCCAAAUCAUCACGCUUAUGGACCAACUACUGCAGAAGGAAAAUUUGGAUCUGAAAUUGUCGCCUUACAAGAUCUUGGCCACAGGUGCCACAGCUGGUGCUGCUCAAUUCGUGCCUUCGAUGACUUUGCAGGGUAUCGUCAACAAGUACAAAGGCAACACUGUCUUGGCAUACCUGAAAUACAAUAAUCCAGACGACAAAGCUCCAUUAGGCGUACGGAAAGAAGCACUCGACAUCUUUGUCAAAUCUUGUGCCGGAUACUGCGUGAUAACCUAUCUGCUCGGCGUAGGCGACCGGCAUCUAGACAAUCUCCUGCUCGCUCCCGAUGGCCACUUCUUCCACGCAGAUUUCGGAUUCAUCCUUGGUCGAGACCCGAAGCCUUUCGCUCCCCCCAUGAAACUUUGCAAAGAAAUGGUCGACGGCAUGGGUGGCUCAUCAUCCGAGCAAUACCGACACUUCAAGCAAUACUGCUUCACAGCCUAUACGACACUCCGCAAAUCAUCAAACCUGAUCCUCAACCUCUUCAGUUUGAUGGUGCAUGCCAAUAUCCCCGAUAUCAAGCUAGAGCCAGACAAAGUGGUGCUGAAAGUUAAAGAGAGGUUUCAUCUAGAGAUGAGUGAAGAGGAAGCGAUUAGGCAUUUUGAUGCACUGAUUGAGGAUAGUAGUAAUGCGAUCUUUCCAGUGGUUAUUGAUAGGUUGCAUGAGUUUGUGCAGCAUUUUAGGAGCUAGGAGGAUAUGGGUUUAUACACGGAAUAGGUGCAUUUAAGGGGUGUUUGUGGAUGGUGGGAGGCAGGUAUUCGUCGUAAUUCAAAGCAUGGAUUUUCUCUCGAACAUUCUCCGUCGUCUAUCCAUGCCGCGUAGCUAGGUAAUUCUCAUCAUCUCAGAGUUGGUUUUCCCUGUCGUUCCUUUCGUUCUAGUCUGAAGCGUGAGGUUGGCCUACGGAG